GUUCAGGUCAGCGGGACGAUGUACAACACGGGCAGACACGUGUCCCUGCGGUUGGACAAGGAGCACCUGGUGAACAUCUCGGGGGGCCCCAUGACCUACAGCCACCGCCUGGAGGAAAUCCGGUUACACUUCGGCAGCGAGGACAGCCAGGGCUCAGAGCACCUCCUCAACGGCCAGGCCUUCUCUGGGGAGGUUCAGCUGAUCCACUAUAACCACGAGCUCUACACAAACAUCACAGAAGCAGCAAAGAGUCCCAACGGCUUGGUGGUAGUUUCCAUAUUUAUGAAAGUAUCUGAAUCAUCAAAUCCAUUUCUAAAUCGUAUGCUUAACAGAGACACCAUAACAAGAAUAACGUAUAAGAAUGAUGCAUACUUACUACAGGGGCUCAAUAUUGAGGAGCUCUACCCAGAGACUUCUAGUUUCAUCACGUAUGAUGGGUCAAUGACAAUCCCMCCCUGCUAUGAAACAGCAAGCUGGAUAAUAAUGAACAAACCUGUCUACAUAACAAGGAUGCAGAUGCAUUCUUUACGGCUGCUAAGCCAGAAUCAGCCAUCACAGAUAUUUCUGAGCAUGAGUGACAAUUACAGGCCGGUGCAGCCUCUCAACAAUCGAUGUAUCCGAACCAAUAUCAACUUUAGUUUACAGGGAAAAGAUUGUCCAAACAAUAGAGCACAAAAACUACAGUACAGAGUAAAUGAGUGGCUCCUCAAGUAAGCGAGACAGAACGUGCAGAACCCAAAUCCUCAGUGGAAAGCUCCUGCUGGGAAUUGGCAUCACCUGCAGUGCACCCAACCUCCCUCUCUGGGUUCACCAMGUGCUGUGGGCAAAGAGCUGCCGUGCUGGGAACUCCUCCAAAUUCAUUCGUAUGAUGGGUGGCCAUUUCAAAAAAAAAAAAAAAAAAUAAAAUAAAAUAUAAAAUAAAAAAGACAGUAUUACAGUAAAUGUGAUUACGAUUUUCCUGAACUAAUUUAGAGUCACAAAGAAAGACUUUUCAGCCUUUGUACAUAUGAAAUUCUUCCUCUUCUCCCCCCACCCUUCUCCCUCAGCUGAAAAAAAAAAUUUAAAAAUUAAAAAAAAAAUUUAAAAAAAAAAAAAAAAGAAAGAAAAAAGGUGGCUCGGUACAGCAUCAAAGUGGAGUUGUGUUCUGUGUGCCAAGUAAUCCUUGGAAAGCUCUCAUUAUUUCACUACCAUUAAUGGAUACUGACGAGACAGAACAAGACUACUGUAAAGGAAACUUAUUUCUAGGUUAUGAUCUUUCUGUUAAUUUCAUUUUUAAAAAGAGACAGACUUUGAGAGAUAAGUAUUGUAAAUAUAUCACUGCAGAAUAUAAAGGAAAUUGAAAUAUUUCCCUCUGUCACAUAUCUGUAGUAGGAUUUGCCAAAAGCAGAAUUGAUCCAUUUUCUGUUUUUUGUUUUACAGCAGGUCAUACGUUGUGUUGGUUACUAUUAACAACUCAAUAAAUGUGUUUAACAAAUUAAUUUAGUAAAGUUGCUUUGAUUUCUCUUUUUCUUUCUGAAAUAACAAGCCUCUACUACUUGUGGCUGCAUCCUUUGUGUUUUUCACUUUUUUCUUCUUUUCUUUCCUUUUUUUUCCUUCAUUUCUUUGUUUGCAGCCCAUUUAAGUGAGUUAAUGACGAUUGGGAAUGCAUUUAGAGCUGAUAUAACUUUAACUCCACUUUAUGGUCCAUCAUUAACAGGAGCUGGACUCAGGAGCAGAGAGCACUGGAAGCAUUUCUCAGUUUAAAAUUGCCAUUUUCCUCGCUGAAGCCAUUACUGGGACAAACAUUCAAUCCUGUAAAUGGGUGGUGAAAGGGAUAUUUUUUCUUUACAGAUACAGCAGGAGCUGACCAAGUAAAAGCAAAUGCCUUUUUUCUUGUUUAUAAUGGUCAUUCACUGUGUUUGGUUACUGUCAAGAACUCAAUAAAUGUGUUUAA